AUGUUUAGAUCAGUCUGCCGCAUUUCCCCUCGUAUUGCAUCUUCUGCGUACCGCGCCAUAAUGGGCCGUCCUGUCGUGGCCAAAACACUCGCACAAAGGUUCUACUCCGCCAACGUGAGCAAAGACCAGGUCUCUCAGAGAGUCGUAGACGUCAUCAAGGCUUUUGACAAAAACUCGCCCAACAUUGCCAACAAACAGAUCUCCAGCGACACUCAGUUCCACAAGGACUUGGGGUUGGACUCCCUGGACACUGUAGAGCUGCUUGUGGCCAUUGAAGAAGAAUUCGACAUCGAAAUCCCGGACAAAGUGGCUGAUGACUUGAGAAGUGUGGGUGAAACAGUCGACUAUAUCGCUUCCAACCCCGACGCGAACUAA